AUGACAGAGACAGGAAACCUCACUGUUCUCUCCAGCUUCAUCCUCUUGGGUUUCUCUGAUGCCCCAGAGCUACAAACCACCAUCUUCAGUGUCUUCUUAUCCCUCUAUGUUUUAAUGGUGCUGGGGAACCUGACGAUGAUCCUGCUGAUCAACACUGACCCCCACCUCCACAUCCCCAUGUACUUCUUCCUGAGCCACUUAUCUUGCAUAGAUUUUUGCCUUUCCUCUGCUAUCAUCCCAAAAGCUCUGGAGACCUUCCUGCUGGGGAGAAGCCACAUCUCCUUUUGGGGCUGCUUUGCCCAGAUGUAUAUUUUUGUGGCUCUGGGUAUCUGUGAGUGCUUCCUCCUUGGGGUAAUGGCUUAUGACCGAUACACGGCUGUGUGCAAGCCCCUGCUCUACACCACUGCCAUGACCAGGGCACGUUGCUAUGGCAUGAUGGUGCUGGUGUACACCAUCGGGUUCCUCACCUCCCUGGUGCACAUCACGCUGGCGGGGAGGUUGUCCUUCUGUCAGGCCAGGAGCAUCAACCACUUCUUCUGCGAGCUGCCCACCCUCCUGCAGCUCUCCUGCUCAGACACAAGCACAAAUGAGGUCUUCCAGGUUUACCACGCUGUGUUAAACACCGUGGGCCCUCUCCUGAUGAUCCUGGUGUCCUACACCUACAUCCUCCGCACCGUCCUGCAGAUCCCUUUGGCCACGAGGAGGCUGAAGGUCUUCUCUACCUGCACCUCCCACUUGGCUGCCAUCACCAUCUUCUACGCACCCGGGAUCCUCACCUACAUCCAGCCUCAUGAGGCAUCCUCAUGGGAUCAGGGAAAGCUGGUGUCGGUGUGUUACUGCAUCCUCACCCCAACCCUCAACCCCCUCAUCUACAGCCUGAGGAACAAGGAGGUGAAGGGGGCUCUGAGGAGGCUGUGGGAGCGAAAGCUGGGGUGUAUUUCACUGAUUCCUUUCAUUUCAAUCCAAUUUGAAAUGAUGGACACAGGAAACCUCACUGUUCUCUCCAGCUUCAUCCUCUUGGGUUUCUCUGAUGCCCCAGAGCUGCAAACCACCAUCUUCAGUGUCUUCUUAUCCCUCUAUGUUUUAAUGGUGCUGGGGAACCUGACGAUGAUCCUGCUGAUCAACACUGACCCCCACCUCCACAUCCCCAUGUACUUCUUCCUGAGCCACUUAUCUUGCAUAGAUUUUUGCCUUUCCUCCUCCAUCAUCCCAAAAGCUCUGGAGACCUUCCUGCUGGGGAGAAGCCACAUCUCCUUUUGGGGCUGCUUUGCCCAGAUGUAUAUUUUCCUGGCUCUGCUUGUCUGUGAGAGCUUUCUCUAUGGGGUAAUGGCUUACGACCGAUACACGGCUGUGUGCAAGCCCCUGCUCUACACCACUGCCAUGACCAGGGCACGUUGCUAUGGCAUGAUGGUGCUGGUGUACACCAUCGGGUUCCUCACCUCCCUGGUGCACAUCACGCUGGCGGGGAGGUUGUCCUUCUGUCAGGCCAGGAGCAUCAACCACUUCUUCUGCGAGCUGCCCACCCUCCUGCAGCUCUCCUGCUCAGACACAAGCACAAAUGAGGUCUUGCAGGUUUGCAACACUGUGUUUAAUGCCAUGGUCUCCCUCCUGAUGAUCCUGGUGUCCUACACCUACAUCCUCCGCACCGUCCUGCAGAUCCCUUUGGCCACGAGGAGGCUGAAGGUCUUCUCUACCUGCACCUCCCACUUGGCUGCCAUCACCAUCUUCUACGCACCCGGGAUCCUCACCUACAUCCAGCCUCAUGAGGCAUCCUCAUGGGAUCAGGGAAAGCUGGUGUCGGUGUGUUACUGCAUCCUCACCCCAGCCCUCAACCCCCUCAUCUACACAAGUGCAGGGUAUGGAGAACCAGCACAACGAAUGGUUCUCUUCAAACAGGUUCAGGUGGUUUUAAGCGAGGCCUGA